AACUGCUGAGCCAUCUCUCCAUCCCCCUAAAGAGUUCUUUAGCAAUAUUUUGAACAAAUCAGCUCAUGAAAUAUUGUUUGAAUCUGUAUGUAAUUCUAAUCACCAGCCCCUUAAACAUUAUUAUAUAUGUAACUGAAUGCAUUGUCUACUUUAAAACUAUCAGUUACAAUGCUUAGAUUACCACAAUCAAGAAGAAAAUUAAAAUUUGCUGGCAAGGGGUAGGAAUCAGUGUUUCUCCAGCGCCCUAGCACCUGCCAGCAAUCUUAUAAGACCUUGGUGCUGUUAAUUAUUAAUGCUAGCAUGCUUGAUUGAACAUCACUGUGAAGAAAAUCAACUCAUACACUUCUCAUGAAUUAACCAGAGUAUGACAUUAAUUAUACACAUGAUUCUUACAAGAACUACUCUAGUAAGGAUCUCUUUUGCCAAGCUCUGUAUCCAAAGGUACAGACUUGAUUUUUUCAAAGAUUGUCUUUCUAAUUUUACUUCAUUGUAUCUAUAUAUGUGUGGGCAUGUCCAUGUGCACACAUAUAUCCACUUGUCCGCAUAUGAACCAUGUGUGUACAGGUGCCUGUAGAGGCCAGAAGAGCAAGACACCUGGAAUGCGUGCUGGAAACUGCCCCCAGGUCUUCUGCAUGUGCUCUUAACUACUUGAACCAUCUCUCUAGUCUCUUGAUUUUUUUUACAGAAUCUCUCUGUGUAACCUAGAUUGGCCUAACACUUGCAGUCCUUCAGCUGCAGCCUCCUUGGGAACUGGAAUUACAGCUCCCUACCUCACAGUAUAAAGGACAUGAAACAAUAGAUAGAAAUGUCAGCUAAAACCAAUUUUAUGGUUGAAAGCACACAGAAGAGCAGUCUCACUUGCUAAGGGAGUGAAAACCACAUGAACACCAGGAGAAAGGCCUGCUUCUUUUUGAACGUGGAGCUAGACUGGCCUGUAAGCCCCAUGGGACCUCCUGUCUCUACCUCCUCAGCACUGGGAUGACAGGACCCAAAGCAGGAAGAAAGCCUGACAUCUGCCUUCAUUUUGUGUCUGCCUCCUUUACCCUGGCUGAAGGCAAAGAGACACAGCGGCUCAUUUCCAUAACCGUCUGCAGCGGCGGCGGCGGCGGGACCUGCGGGGACCUCGGCCGCCGCACACCGGGCCACGCCGACAGGGCCCGGGAGGCGCGUGGGCAGCGGCGGCCGCGUGGAGGACAGCGGCGGCUGGAGCGCGGGGCGCGCGAUCUAAGGCUGUCAGAGAUGACGCUGGUUCUGUCCAUGAAUAGAUUCUGUGAGCCCAUUGUCUCAGAAGGAGCUGCUGAAAUUGCCGGGUACCAAACACUAUGGGAGGCUGACAGCUACAGAGGUGCAAGCCCCCCAGGGCCAGCACAGGUUCCUUUGCAGGCGGACGGGGGAGCCAGCACACAACUGGCAGGAUCACAUUACAGGGGAAUUCCAAAUCCUAUAAGCACAUCCAAGGUCACAUACUUCAAGAGGAAGUAUGCAGAAGAGGAGGAUCUUCACCCACCACUCAGCAGCUGCAGCCAUAAAACCAUCUCCAUUUUUGAGGAGCGAGCACACAUCCUGUACAUGUCUUUGGAGAAGCUCAGGUUCAUUGAUGACCCGGAAGUGUACCUUCGGAGAUCUGUCCUUAUCAACAACCUGAUGAAGAGGAUCCAUGGGGAGAUCCUCAUGCAAAACAGCUGGUGCCUCCCUGCCUGCUCCCUUGGUGGCACCUCUGCCCAAGAGUGGUUCCUGGCUCAAGACUGUCCUUACCGGAAACGGCCCCGGGUGGCCAAAGAGGAGUGGGAAAAGUUCCACACUUGCUGUUUUUAUCAGGAGUGUGGGGGUCACUGCCUGGAUCUUCCCCUUUCUGUCAAUACUGGUGUUGGGAGCGCUUCAGCUGCUGCCACAGCCACAUCCCCCUCCUCCUCCCCACCUACCUCCCCAUCCUCCUCCUCUUCUUCCCCACCCACCUCCUCCCCACCCUCCUCUUCCUCCUCCUCUUCCCCUCUGCCAUUGGCUAGUUGCUCGCACCAUGUGGACUUUGAUAUAGGCAGUGCACCUAUUUACAAGAGUGAUGGCCAGAUACCUGCCAAUGAGAUCUUUGUCACUAACAUCAGGUCCCUUGGUGUCCAGGAAAAGGCCAAAUUCAAUGAUGGGAAAGUAAGUCAUGACAGCCACAGAGACAGUGAUGCCCUCAGCCGAGAACCUCUUGGGAACGACCUUGAUUUUGAGUGCAAAGGCCAAUUUUAUGAUUAUUUUGAGACCGCAUAUAACGACAAAAACCACGUGAGUGAGUCCUGGAAAAAGUCUUUGAGGAAAAAGGAGCUUUCCCCAAGCCACAAACUGUGCUGCAGCAAAGGAAGUAAGAUGUGACCGACCCUCCUCCCACUGGCAUGUGGGCGCACGCAUGCACAGCAUGACCAAGUUUUAUUUUGAAUGGAUUUUGUAGUUUUGUACAACUGAUAAAAUUACGCAGUGAACACACUGUGUUGUUUCACUGCCUGGAGAGCAGAUUGCACAAAACAUCUGUACAGUAGGCAUCCACAAGCCACUUACUAAUGUGAUUUUGCCAAGGAACGCCAACUUCAUGUUUGAAAGUAUAGCUUAGUUUUCUUUAAAAAAACAAAAAACAAAAAACAAAACCAGUAGAUUAGGUUGAGGACAACAUGCCCCUGUUAUAUUCCCACCGCCCCUCCAAAGAGCCCACCGAUAGCCAAGACAAGUUCAACUUGUUUGCCAGUUAAUUAGGUAGUUACUUGGUAAACAAAUCAUUAUAACCAGCAGAGCUGUCUGCUUCUUCAAUAUGAUACAGUAUUCUUUCUGAGUAGAAGACUGAAGACAGGGAAACAGAUGAAAUGGUUUCAUGAGUUGUGGCAUGUUUGUAUUGGACAGGAUGAGACGAAAUGAAACACCUACCAUACCCUGCGAGUUCCUAGCUUUCACAUGAUGGGUAAUGGAUGACUAGAGAGGUGGUGUACAGGGCUGUCUUUGAUGGGGUGAGUAGGGAGGUGUACAGGGCUGUCUUUGAUGGGGUGAGUAGGGAGGUGUACAGGACUGUCUUUGAUGGGGUGAGUAGGGAGGUGUACAGGGCCAUCUUUGAUGGGGUGAGUAGAGAUGUGAGGUGUACAGGGCCAUCUUGAUGGGGUGAGUAGAGAGGUGGUGCAAAGGGUGGUCUUAAUGGGAGGACAAGGAAGGUGGGUGUACAGGGCCAGUUUGAUGAUGGGCUGAUAGGGAGGUGUGGUGUACAGGGCGAUCUUGGGUGCCUUACUUUAUCUUAAUUUUUGCUAGUGUGAAAAUUAAGGAUAAAUCAGAGCUACAGCAGGGAUUUAACACAUAGGAAAAAACACACAGGGUGGAUCCAUGCGGUUUGGAAACUUAACUUUGAACUAUUGUGUUCAACUUUUGAUUCACCAUCCUCUUCCUCCUUUGUUUUUGACGCCCAGUGGCUGUGGAUCUGACAUUUUGGGUAGAGAUGGAGGAGACAGUAGGGAAGGCCAUUGGGAACAGUGAAAGCUGCCUGGGCUUUUCCAUGGCAACGCACUGUUGUUGGGUCUGGGCUUUCUGAGCUUUGGGUUGUUUUGUUUUCUUGUCCAGUGACGUUCACAGCCCGUGGCAUGCGUUACAUACGUUAUACUUUGACAUGUUUUGCAUCAUUUCAUGCGUUUAGACUCUUAAGAGCAUGUGGUUUCUGUAUGUGACUUUCGAUGUUGAUUGAGAAGCACAAUGUUAAUAGAUGACGUGGUGAUCAAUAUGUUUUAUCUUAAAGAAUGUAAAGAUUGUAGGUUGCGGAACGUUAUUUUGGAGAAAUGGGACUCGCUCGUCAUUGUUACUGUGUAUUUGGCCAACACACUAUUCAAACAGUACCUUGAAUUUGCACAUUGUUGCGUGUCCUCAGUAGCACUCUGGCCCAGUCCCAGCCAGUUCCUCCUCAUAAAAUGUAUUCCCAUUUCCAAGGCCAAGGACUUGGGCCUUUUAAAACGGUUAUUCACAGGAACCAAAUGCCAAAUGGAGGAAAUAGGUAAGUUCUCCCACUUUCUCCAAGAUGAAGCUUUUUUAAUUAUUGCUAUUAAUAUUAAAUAGGUCUCAUUCAUACAGUGUAUGAGUAGAUCAUUUGGGAAAUUGUCCGCAAGGACCAAUUUUUAAAACAUGUUCCUGUGUUAUGGCUGAAUAGUCUAGUAAUGUUUUGUCUUUUAUUUUCAAUAUUUGAUGAACAUUUUGGUGUUGAAAUUUUAGGUGAUAGAUGCUAGUACAUGACUGUGUUGUAAUAAAGUGCGGUUUUCUUGAUAUAUAUUUAUUAAA